AUUGACGCAAACGAUUGCAAAAAAAAUUAUAUCAAUAUUGACAUUUUAGAUGACAUUGUGAAUAAACAAAAUAUACAGAAAUAUUUUUUAGAAGUUAAUCCAUAUUUUAAAAUGUUGCGGUACUCAAAAGCGGGUACAACUGGAGGCAAAGGCAACAUGGGUAUGUUUAUAGAGCGUGAUUCGAAUAUUUGCGCUGCUGGGCUGCCUUGCCUAGAUCAGAAUUCUGUUAAAAACAUUCUUCCCUGUUACUCACUUCAAGAUCAAGUUGAUGCUUUAUUGAGUGACACAAUUUACCCUGAUUCAACCUUUGCCCACAUGCGAAUUACAAAACGUAAAGAAAAACGUGAUAUGAGAAAUGCUGGAUUUUUUACUGAAGGAGCAGAACUCAUUAAUCCACCAAUGAAAACGAAAUUCCAAACGUUAGUGAGUGACUUCAAAGAUACAAUUUAUAGCUCAUAUUGGAAAAGACAAGUCGGAAAAGUACCAGACUCGACAAAUAAUUUGCCAGAGGGGCUCAAUAUUUAUACGACAACUAUGGGCAAAAAGUAUCCCUCUUCUUCAAAUGCUUAUGAUGUAGCUUUCCCUAAGAAACCUGUAAGUGGGCAAACCCCUGUAACCAAAGAAUGUGGUUAUCGAACUACUCGAAAUUAUUGUUCAUUUAAUCCUAAUAAAACUUUUGGCCAGCCAACUAAUGUAGACGCUUCAAGUAGACAAGUACAAUGUUGUUUAACUGAUGAUCGUAUUACCCUAGGUUUGAAUUUGAAGCAUCCAAUUUGUUCAAAACAUGCAGAUUUCUUAGAAAAAAAUAAUUCACUGCUUGGAUUGUCACUUUCACCUAAUAACAACAUUAAUUGCGUGCCGAAGGGAUUUUCCUUUGGUAAAGUUGAAGUUUUAGAUGACAUCGGAGUACCGGAAUGUCUAACAACAUGUGAAGUGAAUCCUGACAAAAAAUUGAUUUUAAAAUGUUUAGAGCAUUUGAACACGUUACGUAAAUGCAUGUCAAAACGUUUUGAUGGAAAAUUUUUUCCAAAAUUUACAUUACAUUUGAGAUAUUUAGAUAUAUCUAAGACCGGAUGGUUGCCAAAAAACAUUCUAUAUGAGGAAUGCAAAUUGAAAUAUAUACGUUUCAAUCCAGACCUCAUAGAGCCCCUUUUAUCAAUUUGGAAUAUGAUGAAGAGUUCUCAAAUAAAGUAUAAGUCCUUCAUAGGUUUACUGAAUUACAGAGAACCAACUCCAGACUUACCCAAAAUAACAGGUAUUCCUGAAGAAUGUCUCGAUUUUCGCACGACAUAUAGCGAAAUGAUAAAAGAUAUUAUACAACCAAAUUUUAGUUUAAUGGCGGGAGUUCCAUCAGGAAACUAUUUUGACAAAGAUUUCCCAGUAACGCCUGAAGGUUGCUGCAAAGCAGAUCGAUCCUAUCUUCCCGAAGAGUCGGAUGCCAAAUCGUGUUUGAACCCAAGCAUAUUCACAGUAAUGGGAAUAAGUCAUACAUAUGUAUGCUAAACGAGACCCUAAAGUAGUAAGGCAAGUUUUUGAAAAAGCUGGUGAAAUAUUUACUGACGAUUUGUUUAAUGCUGUUUGGAACAAGGCCAAAGAGUAUCAUUCCUCAGGUUGGGUUAGCUAUGAAACUUUUCGUCGGGCACUCAGAGAAUACACUAAUAAAAGUGAAAAAUAAAAGAAAGGAAUAAUUAAAGGAAUCUCUUAUAGUCUAGUCUAUAAUGAAGUGCAAACGUGAUUUUUAAGUUAUGUUACUUUAAUGUUAAACAUUAAGUUUUGUGUAGAUUUAUUAUUUAUAAAGUUGGAUGGCUUGUUUAAGUUUAUAAACUUAGCUUUAAUAACUAACAUUUUUAUCAUAAUUUAUUAUUUUAAUUUAGAAUAUUAUAUAAAGUAUUAGAAUAGUUUUUAAAAUAGACUUUUACUUACCC